GCUCCUGCAACAUAUCUCUGCCGUGUACCUUCAUCUGCCUCCCACACAUCUGCUUCUAACGCCUGCGCCCGCUGGCUCGACGCGCGUGGACAUCCAUCUUGUCACUUUGUAACAUCCAUAAGCGCCCACACACUCGCAACGUUCAACGGGAAGCCAUGGCCGAGGACGGACUUCGUAAGAGAGGCCGCGCGGUCGGGGCAAAGGAAAAGGCUGAGGGGAAGAAGGCGCCGACUCUGGAUCAGGGGAAGGGGACCGCGGUCGCAGCAUCUGCCAGCUUGUCCAAGGGGACGACGCUACUGGUGGCCGUGCUGUUCUCCGUGUUUGCUGUCUUCGUAUACCAGGAUCCAUCUCUGGUCUUGGACCCUAUCAAUGACUUCUUUGGGUUCGAGGAGAAUGCCGGGAUUCUUCCGCCGUCAACGACCUUCGUUGCGGACAUCGCAAAGAGAGAUGCUGUCAUCAACGCGUUCAAGCAUGCAUGGCUUGCAUACGAGCGAGAUGCCAUGGGUGACGAUGAAUACCACCCCAUUAGCCAGAAGGGCACCAAUUUGACGGCGGCCGGAGGUAUCGGCUACACAGUCAUCGACUCCAUUGAUACUAUGCUACUCAUGGGUCUUCAAGACGAGUACGCGCGUGCACGCAAGUGGGUAGAGACGAAGAUGUCGUUCGACCGUGAUGCGAACUUCAACACAUUCGAGACAACAAUUCGCGUGUUGGGUGGUCUGUUGUCGGCAUACCAUUUCACGAAGGAUGAGCUGUAUCUUGAAAAGGCAAAAGAGCUAGCGGAUCGUAUCAUGCCCGCCUUCGAGACCCCUUCGGGACUUCCGACCUCCAAUGUAAACCUUGGCCAGCGGAAGGGAGUUCCGGCGCAAGACAACAAGGGAUUGGUCAGCACCGCGGAAGUGUCUACCCUCCAGCUCGAGUUCAGGUACCUCAGCUACUUGACAGACAAUGACGCGUACUGGGACGCUGCCGAAAAUGUCAUGCGGGUCAUCAAGGGCGCAAGUUUGACGACAGGGCUUGCAUCAAUAUUCAUGAACCCUACAGAUGGCCGCUUUGUACUAUCACCUAUCCGCCUUGGUUCCCGCGGAGACUCGUACUAUGAAUACCUCUUAAAACAGUACCUGCAGACUAAUUUGACAGAACCAGUAUACCAAGACAUGUACAAUGGCGCUAUAGACGGCGUUCACGCACAUCUCAUCAGGAAAAGCGAACUCGCGAAGCUGACUUACACGUCCGAACUCAUCCCCGAGAAGGAUCGCUCCGGACAAAUCUCAUGGCGUCUUGUCCCGAAACAAGACCACCUCGUUUGCUUCUUCGGGGGUUCGCUGAUGCUUGGGGCCGUGACCAGUGGAGCACAGUCCCUCCCCGUCUCCGUUCCUCCGCGCCCCAGUCAGUUGACCUCGACAGGCAAGAGGGACUGGCAAACCGGAGUGGACCUAAUCGAGACGUGCAUGCGCACGCACGAUACCGCGACGGGCCUGUCGCCUGAGAUCGCGCACUUCCGCAUCCCGAGCGACAAGGUCGUGGGCUCGAGCAUCCCGCAGGACUGGUACAUCAAAGGCGCGAAGCCUGGAGCGCCUGCGCCGUACGAUGCGCGGUACAUCCUCCGCCCAGAGACCGUCGAGUCGUUAUUUAUUGCGUAUCGCUUGACGGGCGACGAGAAGUACCGUCAGUACGGCUGGAACAUCUUCAAGGCGAUCGAGACGCACUGCAAGAUCGAGACCGGAGGCUACGCGAGCAUCAUCAACGUCGACGCCGUUCCUGUAGAGCACGAGGACAAGAUGGAGACGUUCUUGAUGAGCGAGACACUGAAAUAUCUGUACUUGCUAUUUGAGGACGACUCCGUUCUUCCGCUGACAGAAUACGUCUUCAACACCGAAGCGCAUCCGUUCCCCAUCAUCAACCCGAGUCGACACGCCGCCUUCUGAGCAUGGUUCACGCGUCCCGGGCACUCAGCAUCGACAUACCCAACGCUCGCAUAGCAUAGUCCAUAUUGAUCUCAUUUGCAUCUGCUAUCUCUCUUGCUAUUCUAGUCGCAUGCGAUGUUAUCUGCGAGUGGCGUGCAAGCGAGUACGACGAACACGACAGAGCGAAGAAGGUAGCAUGUGGGUAAGCAGAUGGGAUUAAGUGGUUCGUGGGGUGGUGGUGCAGCAUGCAUGCAUAUGGUACAUGAGCAGAAGCACCCGGCGUACAUUCGGGUUCGAAGCAUUAUGCCUGUUACCUGGCAAGGAAAGUAGCGGAGUUGGGUAGGUCGUGAGAGGGCGUUACUGGUAAGUUAUCAAGUAGUACACGUUCGUUCGUCGUCAAGUAGUCCAGUUCUUCUGUACGAGUAUGGAUUUAGUCCUUCACGGUAAAGGCAUGCCGAACAUCCGUUAUCGCUGUGCCGUCCACCUCUGAUAAGUUAUGUUAUGCUGUGUAUGUAUCAUGCGGAUGCGUAUGCGUAUGGGAGUCCGAGAACGUCAUAUCGCGUUCGCGAGCACGGUCGCGUACGACGGCGCGCUCGGCCGCUUCUCGUCGAGCUCGUCUGCGGAGAUGUGCUCCCAGGGCUCGUCGAGCUCCGCGUCAUCGGGCACCUGGUCGUCCAGGGCGAUGACGGCCGGCAUCUCCGACACGACCUCGAAGUCGCCCGCUGGCAGAAAGGAAACGAAAUAGACGCAUCAGCGUGCGUCUCCCAAUCGGUCGCGCUGGGCGGAGAAGCUCGCUCACCUCUGCUCUUGCGCGCCUUGCCGGGCUUGAUGAGCUGCCCGAGCUGCACCUCGAGAGGGAGGCUGGCCGCAGUCGGAGCGCCAGCGCGCGCGAGCAUCGCGCGCUCGACGACGUCAGCGAUGAUCUCCUCCACGGGGCUCGUCGGGAGCAGCACCGUCACGUCCUCGGACACCACCAGCUGCGGCUUCGCGCCCCCGCUGGUCCGACCGGCACCCGCGUGCCUCCCAGAGACGUCGCGGCUGUGAACGGCGUGGGCGGGGUUGAGCGAGGCGGUGCGUUCGCGCUCGCGCUCUGCGCGUUCCUUGCGCUUCUUGACGCGCUGGCGGUCGCGGUCGUACGCGCGCCUCGCCUUGAGGACGACGUUCUCGCUCUCGGGGAGUGGGGAGACUGGGGAGACUGCAUUUGGGGAGGUGGGAUCGGCUGGGGCAGCGUCAGCCGUGGGCUCGGCUGGGGCGGUGUUGACGUUGAGUGGGAGAGAGGGAUUGCGGGCGGCGCGGCGAGCGCGGAGGGAGGACGGGGUCGUGAACACGGGCAUUAUGGUUGUGCUGGGUGGAUUAAGAUAUGGACGUAGAGGUAUGCGAGGAAUAGAUACACAAGGACUGGGUAUGCAGAAAGAGAACAAGACCGAGCGUUGUCGACGAUGGCGGUGGUGGUGACGGUGGUGGUACGAGAGCAAGGACUAGGCUGACGGCGGAGGUGGGGGAGAUAAGGCUCGAGUGGCGGAGCGACAAGGCACG